AUGGAUGAGAACAGCGGGAUAAUGUCUUCCACGGAUGACGCCCUAAGUGCCUAUGUUCUGCCUAAGCCCCUCCCCCUCUGGCUCAAUCCUGCCUACGCGAAACAUAUUGUAAAGGGUAACUUCAUGACGUUGAGUGCGCGACCCAAGACGGUUGAGCAGGGUGAAUGGAUUGCUCAUCAAGUGGUUGAGCACUAUCGAAACCUCUGGAACUUUGUUCGUGUUCUUCAUGAGAAGGAAGAUGACGGCUCUGUUAUCUGUAACUCGAAGACUUGCCCGAAAAUGUCCGCCGGAGCGAACCAUUCAUUUACUUGGCUUAAUGCCAUGCGGGAGCCUGUCGAGUUGCCUGCCCAUGAGUAUAUGACCCUUAUGCAGCGUUGGAUCUCCGGCAAAAUUGACGACACCAAUAUCUUCCCAACUGAUGCCGCCGGGGUUUCGUAUGCUCACAACCCAGCCAUCACCACUACACCCCUCUCGCAGCUAUCGAACCCUAACGAGAAAGACUAUGUUGGCAAGCGAUCCGGCUUCCCCGAAACCUUUAUCGAGGUCUGCCAAACGAUUUUCAGGCAGAUGUUCCGCGUCUAUGCCCAUCUCUACUGGGCCCAUUUUAUCGAUCCUUUCUACCACCUCAAUCUUGAGAAGCAACUCAACAGCUGCUUCAGUCAUUUUAUUCUCACUGCCACCGCGUUAGACAUGCUCAAGCCCUAUGAACUGGAGCCCAUGCAGGCCCUCAUCGAUCUUUGGGCCGCCAAUGGUACAUUCCCUCCUGAGUCCAGGGCCUACGAGUACGCCAACCUGCGUGCCGGGGAGCGUCUUUUGCAGCUUGCCGGAGCUCCUUAG